AUGCAGCGCCUUCGUGGCAUGCACUCUCGUUUCCUUGUCUCUGGUCUCCCCAGGUCACUGCCUCCCCUGCCACCGUCCCCUGCCCCUCCUUGCCUUCCCUGUGUCGAGGGGCGGCAGCGUGCCACCCCUCACUCCUCUGCGUUCCCCCCGACGGAGGCUCCUCUGCAGACCCUUCACAUGGACCUCAACCUCUGGCCCCGUGUCUCCGCUCCGGAGACUUUGCCGACACUGCGUUGGACGGGAGAGGUUGGCGAUGCGUCUGUGUUCCGUGUCUGGGGAUCUCGUGCCUUUGUCCGCGAUACGUCCGCGGACAAGCUCUCCUCCCGCGCCGUUCCUUGUGUCUUCCUGGGCUUUGUCCCUGACGCGCCUGGCUGGCAGUUUUACCGCCCCACCUCGCGCCGUGUCUUCCCCUCUCAGGACGUCACGUUUGACGAGUCGGUCCCCUUUUACCGUCUCUUCCCCUACCGCACUGCCCCGCUCCCCCCUCCGCCGCUCUUCCUCACGCUAGGUGCUGCUUCGAUAGACCCUCUGCCUCCCCAGGGUCCUGCUCCCUCAGGUGUUUCCCAGGUAGACCCGGUCGAGCCUGCCAAGGUAGCUGUCGACUCUGGUCCUGCGCGAGGUACUGAGCGUGCUGAGCCUGGUGGUGCUGAGCCUAGGGGUGCGGAGACUGGGGGUACUGAGCCUGGGGGUGCGGGGACUGGGGGUGCUGAGCCUGGGGGUGCGGAGACUGAGGGUACUGAGCCUGGGGGUGCGGAGACUACGGGUGCUGAGCCUGGGGGUGCUGUGCCUGGGGGUGCUGAGCCUGGGGGUGCUGUGCCUGGGGGUGCUGAGCCUGGAGGUCCUGAGCCUGGGGGUGCUGCGCCUGGGGGCGCUCUCUCUUCCCAGCAGCUGCGUGAGUGGUACUCUCGGUACUGUCGCCGCCGCCGUGGUGCUGUGGGCGCUGGAGGUGCUACUGGAGCUGGACCUGAGGGCGCUGGGCCUACUGGAGUUGGUGUAGCUGCUGACCCUGGAGUUGGCGCUGGAGAUGCUGGAGCCACUGGUCCUGGAGGUGCUCGUACUGGCGAUACUGGAGCUGCUGGGACUGUAGGUGCUACUGGAGCUGCUGGAGGUGUUACUGGUAUUGGGGCUGGUGGUGCUGCAGGGGCUGGAGCUGGAGGUGCUGACGCUCGUCCUCCUGCAGGUGCUAGAGCCGACGGUGCGGCUGGAGCUGGUGCUACUGGGGGUACUGGAGUUGGCACUACUGGAGCUGCUGGUGGUACUGCAGGAGUUGGAGUUGCUGCUGGGGGUUCUGGUGUUGUCUCUGCUGUUUCUGGGAGCACUUCACGGCCGCGGCUGUACUUCCGUGUCCCUCUGCCUUCUCCUCCUACGUCCUCUCUUCCUGCCCUUGCUGACCCGGAGUCUGACUCUCUUCGUGCUGCUAGUCCUACUGUCACGCGUCUCCUGGCCACUGCUGCCACUGACCCUUCCUUUGAGUCAGCUGCUGCAUCUGCCUUAGUUGCUGAGCUUGUCGACUUUGCUGCUCACUAUCGUCUAGACUACGCUGCCAGUCUUGUUGCUGAGUCUGAGUCUGUCUGUCCUCCGUCCGUCGGGGAUGAGUGUGCUCUUGGCACGGACGUCCUUGAGGACAGGCAGGAGGAGUUUGAGUGCUUUGCCGCUGCUGUACCUCAUCUCGUGUCCAUGCUGAUUGCACCUGAGGGAGACCCGGAUGCACCAGACAUCCCGACCCCGCGCUCCUACGCUGAGGCGAUCGCGGGUGAGUACUCCUCUCAGUGGCAGUCAGCCAUGGACGCAGAGAUGGCAUCCUGGAAGUCCACUGGCACUUACGUCAACGAGGUUCCCCCUCCUGGGGCGAACAUCGUCAGUGGCAUGUGGAUUUUCAGGGUGAAGCGGCCGCCAGGUUCUCCGCCUGUCUUCAAGGCUCGUUACGUUGCUCGAGGCUUCAGUCAGCGAGAGGGAGUAGACUUCUUCCAGACCUUCUCCCCCACCCCGAAGAUGACCACUCUUCGGGUGCUACUGCACGUUGCCGCUCAGCGUGACUACGAGCUUCACUCUCUUGACUUCAGCACAGCUUUCUUGCAGGGCAGCCUGCACGAGGAGAUCUGGCUGCGCCGCCCUCCUGGCUUCACUGGGUCGUUCCCUCCUGGUACCCAGUGGAGCCUCCGGCGGCCGGUCUACGGUCUCCACCAGGCGCCACGUGAGUGGCACGACACACUGAGGACUACACUUGCGGCUCUUGGGUUCGCGCCUUCUACUGCCGACCCGUCGCUGUUUCUGCGCACCGACACUUCACUGCCGCCGUUCUACAUCCUCGUGUACGUCGACGACUUGGUCUUUGCCACUGCUGACACUGAGGCUCUCGCCCUGUUUGUUUAG